AUGACUAUGCAACCAAAAGAUAUCAACACUCGUGGAGCUCACUGUGAUACCAAGAAUGCAGUCCAGCUGUCCGCAGACGAGCCAGUUACCCUUAGCUCAACUGACUACAAGCCUCCAGGAUCCACGAGGGUAAACACCCGCAAUUUACAAACGCCUGAGGCGUGUGAAACCAUUUCAAAGUACUCUUUACCUCCUUUCCCUUUCGCAAGGCAACCUCAGCUACCGCCAGCCCGUUCAAAGCCGGUACCCAAGUCUAAGAUUCCAAUCAUGACACAAGCUGGGAUUUUUUGUCCUAAGCCUCGUGACGGCUCAGUUCGCAGGCGACUCCGUUUACUGAACCAGCGAUCUUAUCAUACAGACCAUGAUCCUUUACUUACGCAGACUGAUGCGACCAGUAGAUCAAAGUAG